AUGCGGGGUGUGCAGAUCUUUUCGGGUAACUCCCACCCAGCUCUUGCAGAGACCAUUUGCGAGCGAUUGGGUGCCUCGCCUGCUCCAGCCGAUCUGGGUAAAUUUGCCAAUGGCGAGACCAGCGUCAAUAUCGGUGUCUCGGUCCGCAACCAGGAUGUUUACAUUGUGCAAAGUGGCAGCAGCAAGAUCAAUGACAGUGUGAUGGAGUUGCUGAUUAUGAUCUCGGCUUGCAAAGGUGGUUCUGCCAAGUCGAUUACUGCGGUCAUGCCAUAUUUCCCCUACUCGCGUCAAUCCAAGAAGAAAAGUCACCGCGGUGCCAUCACGGCUCGUAUGCUGGCCAAUCUACUUUCGAUCGCCGGCGUGGACCAUGUGAUCACCAUGGACUUGCACGCAUCCCAGAUGCAAGGCUUUUUUGGCAAGCCUGUCGACAACCUCUUCGCUGAGCCGUUCAUUGCCCGCUGGAUUCGGAUGAACGUGUCAGGGUGGAGGGACGCGGUUGUCGUGAGCAAAAAUGCUGGCGGCACCAAGCGAGUCACUUCGCUUGCCGACACGCUGAAAUUGAAUUUUGGUAUUGUCGCCACCGACCGACGCCGCCCCAAGGUUGCCGCCAAUGCGAUGUCAGACAGCAUGGUAUUCUUCGACGCUGUCGAGGACGAGUCACGAGCUCAAAGGGAGCCGCAACCCUUUGAGCUUCGGCUUCAGCGGUCCAAGGCGGCGUCUUCUAUCGCAGAGGAGAAGGAACAAGACGAGUCUCCUGAAGAAUUGUUGCGUCCAGAAACCCCGCCUGCGGCCCGCCGGCCAUCGGAGCUCGAGGUUGAGUAUACUGACGUCCGUGUUCGUGAUGUCGUUACAGGCCGCCUUGUCCAGGGUCACUUGGUUGAUGACGACUACCAUCCGGCAUCGGAUUCUCAAUCCAGUGGAACUACCCCCGGUGCAGGCGCCGAUGCCAGUCCUAGUGGACAGGGAGAGGAUAACGAGAUCGUCUCAGAGACGAUGAUGAAUUCCAUGAUGUCCAGUGUCGCAUCUCUACCUCCCGACCAUGCUCUGGGCGGCUCGUUUGACGCGGGUGAAUCAGACGAUGAGGCCAACGUUGCUGGUCCCGAUCACGAGCGGACCAUUACUUUGGUCGGUGAAGUGCGCAAUCGCCCUGUCUUCCUCGUGGAUGACAUGAUUGACAAGAGUGGAUCAUGGAUUGCCGCCGCAGAAACAGUGGUCAAGCGUGGCGGAGCUGCCAAGGUAUACUGCAUCGCCACCCACGGCUUGUUCAGCGCGGAAUCGCUGGACCAGAUGGAGGCUUGCCCUUGUAUUGACCACAUCGUCGUGACCAAUACUUUCCCGAUCGAGCCGUCGAUGCUCAAGCGAUCAAAGAAGCUGAUUGUCAUUGACAUCUCGACUCUUCUGGCUGAGAGCAUUCGGCGGCAUCAUUACGGUGAAAGGUAG